AUGGGCUCCCGGCACUUCCCCGCCCGCACCGUCCUCUUCGAGAAGGAGCCCAACGGCGUCACGUACCGCGUGCCCGCCCUGCUCUACCUGCCCUGUGUGGCCAAGCUGCUGGCUUUCGCGGAGGAGCGGCUGAGCGCCGACGAUGCCCACGCCAACCUGCUGGUGCUGCGCCGCGGCACCAUCUACGGGAGCUACGUGGAGUGGGAAGACAUGCGCGUGCUGGAGACGGCGACGCUGCAGCACCACCGGUCGAUGAACCCCUGCCCGCUCUACGAUGAGUUCACCGGCACCCUCUUCCUCUUCUUCAUCACGGUGCUGGGCAGGACGCCCGAAGCCUACCAGAUCAUCACCGGCCAAAACGUCACCCGCCUCUGCUGCAUCACCAGUGCCGACCAGGGCCUGAGCUGGAGCACGGCCACGGACCUGACGCAGCAGGUCAUUGGCGGGGCCAUCAAAGACUGGGCGACGUUCGCGCUGGGCCCUGGACACGGGAUCCAGCUGCGGUCCGGCCGGCUGCUGGUGCCCGCCUACAGCUACCACAUCGACUGCAAGGAGUGCUUCGGCCAGCUCUGCAAGACCACCCCUCACUCCUUCGCCUUCUACAGCGACGACCACGGCCGGGGCUGGCGCUUCGGGGAGUUCAUCCCCAACCUGCAGACGGGCGAGUGCCAGCUGGUCUCGGUGGACGAGGAGGACGGCUCCAACGUCCUCUACUGCAACGCCCGCAGCCCCUUGGGCUUCAGGGUCCAGGCGCUCAGCACGGACGACGGAGCCGUCUUCCACGGUGGGCAGCUGGUCCAGCGGCUGGUCGAGCCCCCCCACGGCUGUCACGGCAGCGUCGUCGGCUUCCCCGCACCUUUCGUGUAUGUCCCCGCCGCCCCCCGGGACCCCGUGAUGCCCCUCCGGGGCUCAGCUGGCCGGCUGCGCCCUGAGAUGCUCCCGAGGUUUCGGUACCUGCCCGCCCGGCAGGCAGCGGGUGAUGAGCUGCCCACCAUGGCCACCGGUAGCCACAAUGAGCCAGCCGAGCCCGGGGAGGGCUGUCCUACCCCAGGGCAUCAUGGCCACGCCCAUGGCAUCACCUCGGUCCGAGGGGACCCUGCGGCGACCCCCAGCCCCGCUGCCUUCUUCCAAGCGCCGACGUGGGUCCUCUACUCCCACCCCACCAGCUCCAUGUCGCGGGUCAACAUGGGGGUUCACCUGAGCACCUUCCCCAGGGACGCGGAGAGCUGGACCGAGCCGUGGGUCAUCUACGAGGGCCCAAGUGCUUACUCAGACCUGGCUUACAUGGAGCUGCCCUACAACGAGGCCUCCAUCUCUGGUGGCCUGGCCAUCACUUUCGCCUGCCUCUACGAGAACGGGACGCGGUCACCCUACGAGCAGAUCUCCUUCAGCAUGUUCACCCUGCACGAUGUGCUCCAGAACAUCCCCCUGACAGCCACUGCUCCCCGGUGGGACGGCGGCCCCCCGCACCGUGGGAAGCCGGGGGGAAGGAGCUGCCUCGUCUCCUAG